AUUUGUUCACGCGAGCAUCAACUUUCUCCGUCCUUCAACCUUGAACCCAGAAAACUGCCUUUCCCAUAUUCGGAAUUCCACCUUUUCUAGACCUUUGCCCACAGCAUCUCUCCCAACUCGCCAACUCAUUUCCUGCCACUAGACUGCACUUCAGCUUUCUGUGUGACCUCUCUCUCACCCAUUUCCACCAAAUUCCUACAUCAUCAAAUCUCGGCCUCUACCCCCCCGACCAUGUCUUCCACCGCAACCAUACCCGUGGAUUCAAAAUCUGCCAAAAAACGCAAGGGCAAGGCCGAAGCUGCAAAUGCCAGUGGUGCUGCUACCCCAGCCCUAGAGACCACCCCUUCCGAAACCCAUACCAACGGCGUCGAGACACAGAGUGAGCACAGUUACAUCAAAGAAUUGGCAAGAAACAUCCGCAACAUUCACAAGAAACUCUCCGCUUCGUCCAAGGCUGAUGCUGUCAUCGCUGAAAACCCCGACGUCCCCCUCGAUGACCUCGUUGCCCAGAAGAAACUCAACGCCGAUCAAAAAGCCCAAAUCCUCAAGAAGCCUGUGUUGCAAGCCCAAAUUGCCCAAUUAGAAGAACAGCUCAACACCUUCAAAUCGUUUGCACAGGAACUAGAGGCCAAGGCUGCAAAGGAUAAAGCAAAACUGAUCGAGGCACAUGAGAGUGAACUUGCUGCAGCCAAAGACCAAGCUGCUCAAGGUGCUGGAGAGUCGCAAUCAAAAGCUGUCGAGAAUGGUCUUCGAGUUGUCAGUCACUUCCUCCAUGCCGCAGCCUCUAAGCGCCAGUCAGAGGAUGCCGACACAGAGGAAGGUCGAGCCUUUGAAGGUGCUCUUUUACUUGUCUACCAAGGCAAUGAUGCCUCAUUGUCGACUCUGAAGAACCUUGUCAACGGUGCAGAUGAGAGGAUACCAGAUGUCAACGGAGAUCUGCUGGAGGUCACGUUUGCUCAGGUCAAACAGUCGGCCUUGCAGGCCGCUCAAGACAUCUCGGAGCCUGCCCUGGCCGACGUCGAUGAUGCUCAGCCUGAUCUCCCUCUCCCUGAAUCCGAUUCGACCGUGGCACAUGCUGCUCUGACCGAGCUGGACGACACAACAACUCUACCCACCCACCCUGCCGAGCCUGAAUCUGCCGCACCUCCCCAGCAGUCAUCGACCGGUGACGAGGCCGCCAACGCCGUGGCAGAAGCUUCCUGGGACCCCCAAGCUUCCGUCGGGACAGAAUCCAGUGCUAAUAACGAUGAGUGGGUUCAAGUGUCUCGUGACCCUGCUGAGACCGAGACUGGUGUCGCUGCCACUCCCGCUGCUAACCACGGCACGGGUAGCUGGGCUGAGGAAGUCGGUGCAGCAGCUGCUAGCGAAGAAAAGGCUGCGGCCGAGAAUGAUGGAUUCGAGCAAGUGAAGCGUGACCGCGGUCGCGGCCGGGGUGGCCGAGGUGGUCGUGGCGAAUUUAGAGGUGGACGAGGACGAGGAGGUGGUGGUGGUCGUGGAGGAGACGGAUAUCGUGGAGGCCGUGGAGGCCCGCCUCGAGGACGCGGUGGUCCCCGUGGUGGGCCGGCUGGAGAGAAGAACUAGGAGGACAGCCACUCUGGCCGAUGCCAAUUCGUUCAAGCCUGAUCAGGCCCCGGAGUGGGUUGGACUGCUCUAGUUCGCCUUGAUCUGGGACAGCAAGCAUGAUCGACUCCGUCUCGACUCGACAUCAGGUAAAUUUUUUGCUACUUGUCUUGAGCCGCCUUUUCGUUUCCAGCAUUUGAACCACAACGAACAACUCCACACAGCGACUGCGGGCAUCAUUUGUUUUCAUUCCACAACCAUCACGAAAUGCCUUUACAAGAUAAUGAGGAAAGGUGACCGAGAACAGGCCAUUUUUGCCUUGAUUUCAUUUUAUUAAACCCCCACCUGUACACCAUUACGACCCUUUUCUGUUGGGGAAAAGUACCAAUGACCUCCUUUUCGGGGCGUUUAAAAAAGCAUCAUCUCGUUGGUUUGACGGUUUCACCUCCAUCAAAGGGUAGGGCCGGAGUUACGCACGGGCCGAAAGCGAGGAGAAGAAGAGGAGUGGGCAGGAGAUGAGAAAGCAGGAGAAGAAGAAUGAGAGGAGAUGACGGGAGCAAAAGUGCAUCAGGCGGAAAAGGGGCAUUGGUCUAGGAUCCAUAUUCAGAGCACUUCUUGUCCAUUGGAGCUGCACCAGGGCGCUUGAAGGCGGGCUUAUGCUGUUCAGAGAUGAAACCAUGAGACAUGUGCAAUAGGACGAAUUGGGCUUCCGAAAUCCAUGAACCAAAUUAAAGCGUAAAACCUCAUGGUAACUGAAGUCUCGUCCUAAUUGAGUCGUCGUCAAGUAAAAUGUCCGUCGCCUCGUAAAAGGCUGGUGCACUGGAUUUGGAUGUACAUUGUCUGCAUGCCACCCAGUUCUCAUGUAAACAUCACAAACAGGACACAGGGCGUCUAUCUCGUUAGGCGAGCGAUACCAUGAUUAUUACCAAUUAUCAUCCCCCCUGCAGACUGC